AUGAAGCUCGUGAACAAACUCGUCGCCGUGGCUUGCGCGUGGAAUUCGGCCCGGGUUCUUGCGUCGGAUGGUAAUCUUCGGGGAUCGAACGAAGUCGAUGCUAUUGACAUGUCGACCGAAGGGGGUGACAAACGAGAACCAUGGUACUUUCAGGGUACAAUGGAUCAUUUGCUACAGAACAAUGGCACAACAGUUGUCGACCCUGUCAAUGAAGACCUCAACUUUGAUGAAGGGGACCUCAACUUCGUCGCAGUCCACCCCCAUGAUGAAGAUCGCAAAUUGGUGGUAGAAGACACCAAUGGACCUCCCACCAAUUCCACAUCAUCUAGGCAAGGGUCAUCUAGGCAGGGGCUUAAUGGAGCCACCAUUACCAUUGGACGAACCCCUACCACACCAAGCACCUUCUCCAAUGCAAUGGGAGGGGAUAGCGGAGACAAUGACAAUGAUAACGGCAGUAGCCCUGAUGAUAAUGACAAUGAGGAAGAUGGUCCGGGUUGUAUCCCACCCAGCCCGCCUGCUCCAUGCCCAGCUGGACAGAUUGCAAAGUUCAGACCUGAAGACUGUUCCUUCUUCUGCCUUUCACCAGGUUCUGGCGGUGAUGACCGAGACCGCAAGUUGGUGGUAGGAGACACCACUGGAACUCCCACCAAUUCCACAUCAUCUAGGCAAGGGUCAUCUCAGCAGGGGAGCAAUGGAGCCACCAUUACCAUUGGACGAACCCCUACCACAACAAGCACCAUCUCUAAUGCAAUGGGAUGGGAUAGCGAAGACAAUGACAACGACCUUGAUGACACUGAUAAUGAUGAAGAUGGUCCAGGCUGUAUCCCACCCAGUCCACCUGCUCCUUGCUCAGCUGGGCAGAUUGCAAAGUUCAGACCUGAAGACUGUUCCUUCUUCUGCCUUUCACCAGGUUCUGGUGGUAAUGACCGAAACUAG